AUGCAGACUGCUUCUAUGAACAUUUGUGAAAGACUGUGCAAUAAGUCCAUAUGUGAGAUUUCCUUGGUACUAAAUAUUCCAAGGUCAACUGUUAGUGGUAUUAUAACAAAGUGGAAGCAACUGGGAAAAACAGAAACUCAGCCACGAAGUGGUAGGCCACGUAAAAUGGCAGAGCGGGGUCAGCGCAUGCUGAAGCGCACAGUGCGCAGAAGUCGCCAACUGUUUGCAGAGUCAAUAGCUAAAGACCUACAAACUUCAAUUGGCCUUCAGAUUAGCACAACAGUGCGUAGAGAGUUUCAUAGAAUGGUUUUCCAUGGCUGAGCAGCUUCAUCCAAGCCCUACAUCACCAAGUGCAAUACUAAGGGUCAGAUGCAGUGGUGUAAAGCACACUGCCACUGGACUCUAG